AUGCAGCAACUCGCUGCCGCCUCAGACACAUCUUGCAACGUCGCCCCCCACCUCCCAGCCCGGUUUCGCUCCCUCAUUUGGGCAUGCCUCGAUGCUUCUCUUCCCAGAUCUGCUGUUUUCUACGCCGAACGCUAUUUUGCUCUCGACAAUAAGUGUCACGACGCGCUUCAUUUGUACUCGUGUGCACUAUUACGUUGUGGACAGACACAGUCCGCUUUGUGGCUUGUAAGCCCACCCUAUCAGAAGGAACCCUGCACAGGCUGUUACGUGGCUCAAGCGGAAUGUCACACCGCUCUUGGCCAGCACGCCCAAGCUGGCGAAGCUCUUGAAGCGAGUUUGCGUACUACUUAUGCAACUGGUUCAAUGCCAACGAACGCAACACGCGAAACACGCGUAUUCCAGGAGGAAGCCGUGUUGCAUUGUAAGACGGGGAAAGCCGCCCUGAAAGCGAAUCUAUUAGACAAAGCUGUAAUGAGCUUUCGUCGGGCUCUGUCAUUAAAUCCAAUGCUUUGGGAUGCUUUUGAAGGAUUAUGUACUGCAGGUUCCUUUCCCGAAAUCGGGGAACUCUUCCCUUCUCGUCCGCCACCUGUGAAGCAAGGCCCGGAAGAUUUUCAUACUAAUGUCGCUUCGUCCUCAAAGCAGCCCAUCGGGGGCGGUCCAGUUACGUCUGGCUCUGGGUUCUUUACUCCAGCGCAUGGAGAUCAAAAUGGAUUUAUUGGAUGGAGACCAGAUCUUGCCCCUCCUCAGGCGUUUCGUAUGGGUCUGGCGCUAGGUGGUCGCGAUUCAAUAGGGACGAAUGAUUCUUUUUAUCCUGAAAACUCAAUUCUUGCGCCGUUGCGUACUGCUCGCAAUCCUGCGGCUGGUGUUCCCUCUCGCCCGUUAUCGUCCGCAGACGAGACGGGUCCCGUUCCAAAGAAGCCUCGCUCCCAAAGCCGACAAGCGGUGAUGGAGAAGGACAAGGCAAAGCAGGGCACCGGCGGAGAUGCCCGUUCCAAAAAGGCACGCGCACGCCCGGUCCUUGUGUCUGCUAACCCCAUCUCAUCUAAACCUUCUAAUCCUCCUCGAACUGCCCUUCCAACCCGCGGAAAGCAGCCUGUGACCAGAGGCGGGAGGAGUGAGAAUACAGUCUUACCAGCUCCUUCAAUGGCCUCAAGGCGGAGUGCAAGACUAUUAUCCAAUAGUGUUACUGGCGAGAAGCUGAAAACGCAUAAUGUGAAGCAUCCGCCACAGCGUAAACGAACCGCACACACUCGUUCAAAAUCUACUGAAUCGGACAUGGACGAAGAUUAUCCACCCCUCGGAGAUGUGGGCUCUCAAUCGCCCCAAUCUAAUAACACUCAUUCACCGCGAUCGGAUGAACUUCCAGCACCGGUCUGGACAUCCGAGAUGGAGCAAGCUGCACAAGAAGCAUACAAUACGGCUUUAGCAGACAUUUACGUAUACGACCUCAUGCGACUGUUUGCAAGUUGUGUACGUCUAUUGGCCAUGUACGAUUGUGAAGCCUGUCUAGCAGAAAUCGACAUGCUUCCUCGAAAUCACCAGCAAACCGUUUCUGUAAUAAUUAUGAUUGCACGAGCACGUUACGAACAAGCCGAUUACAUGAAAGCAGAACGCUUCUUUGAUCAUGCUCGGACCAAGGAUCCACAUCGAAUAUGGGACAUGGACCUAUAUUCAACAACAUUAUGGCAUUUACAACGAAAUGCUAAACUGUCAUUUCUUGCGCAAGAGCUGUUGAGCAUCGACCCUAAAUCUCCGCAGGCCUGGAUAGCUGUUGGAAACUGUUUCUCACUACAGAAAGAGCGUUCUCAGGCAUUGACAUGCUUUCGUCGUGCGGCACAGUUGGACUCGACAUGUGCUUACGCGUACACACUAAGCGGUCACGAGCUCACAGACGAGGACGUGGAUAAAGCGGUGAAUUUCUUCCAAUCAGCACUGAGAACGGACCCUCGGUCAUAUAAUGCAUGGUAUGGUCUCGGGUCGUGUUAUCUAAGGAUGAGCAAGUUCCGGCUGGCCGAAUUCCACUUCCGCAAAGCUGCUGCCAUCCACCCCCAGAACGCGGUGCUGCUCGGGUGUGUAGGCAUGGCUCUUGAGCGGCGGGGCCGGCAAAGCGAGGCGUUUGAAUUGUUCAAUCAGGCUGUGACUCUGUCUCCCGAUAAUGCGUUAGUACGAUAUCGGCGGGCUAAAAUCCUUAUCGCUACGAAGCAGUAUAAAGAGGCAAUCGAAGACCUAGAACACCUGCGCGACUGUGCGCCAGAAGAGGCAAAUGUCGUCUUCCAACUCGCACGGGUGUAUCGACUGGUCGGGGACGAGACCAAAUCUGCGCAGAUGCUGGCCGUGGCGCGAGAUAUGUCGCCAAAGAGCCUGAACAAGAUUAAGCGGCUGUUAGCGACGGAGAGAGACACGGAGAGCGUGGUUGGCGGAGAUUCGAUGGACGAAGGAUGAUGUGAGCGUGGCGAUCUGUGUUGUAAUCUGCCUGAAGGCGCAAGCAUUGGCGGAUUGCCCUGGCAUACGCAAUCGCAGUAGUUUAUUUUUGUUACCCUUACUGCAAGCAAAUUUCACCCC